CAUUUCUUUUAAAAUUUUAUUCAGCGAACUGCAGCCUUUAAAAAAAUGCCAGCUACCUCAGAAAUCCACACUUCUGCUAACUGCAACGACAAGAAAGACGAUGUGGUUAAUUGUCCAACAGAGAAAAGUUCUUUCUCGUUGUUCUGUGACGAGCGUGGUUAUUUAAAUCAGAUCAAAUACAUUCUGCAACACGGAUCCAGAAAAGGAGACCGAACGGGGACUGGAGUUAUCUCAGUAUUUGGUUCACAGGCCAGAUACAAUCUCAGAGACCAGUUUCCGUUGCUGACAACGAAGAAGGUGUUCUGGAAGGCAAUCGUGGAAGAGCUAUUGUGGUUUAUUCAAGGGUCCACAAAUGCCAAAGAGCUGUCAGAGAAAGGUGUGAAAAUUUGGGACGCCAAUGGAUCUCGGGACUUUUUGGACAAGUGCGGGUUUACUUCCAGGGAGGAGGGGGACUUGGGCCCAGUGUAUGGCUUUCAGUGGAGACACUUUGGAGCAGAAUAUAAAGACAUGCACACAGAUUACACUGGACAAGGAGUAGACCAGCUGCAGAAGGUCAUCGACACCAUAAAGACCAACCCCGAGGACAGGAGGAUCAUUAUGUGUGCUUGGAAUCCCAAAGACCUGCCGCUGAUGGCCUUGCCCCCAUGUCACGCCCUGUGCCAGUUCUACGUGUGUGACGGGGAGCUGUCCUGCCAGCUUUAUCAGCGAUCUGGAGACAUGGGGCUGGGCGUUCCCUUCAACAUCGCCAGCUACGCCCUGCUCACCUACAUGAUCGCCCAUAUCACUGGGCUGAAGCCUGGUGACUUUGUGCACACGCUAGGAGAUGCUCACAUUUACACCAAUCAUAUCGAGCCUCUGAAAGUACAGCUCCAGAGGGAACCCCGACCGUUUCCCAAGCUGAAGAUCCUGCGCAUGGUGGAGCACAUCAAUGACUUCCGAGCCGAAGAUUUCCAGAUCUGUGACUACGACCCUCACCCCACCAUUAAAAUGCAGAUGGCAGUCUAGACGGUAUAUAGUGUAUCAGUGCAUAGGAGACGCUGCCUUGUUAAGGAGGUGUCUGCAUUUUUAAACUUUCACUUGUGUUACUCAAAACAAGAUUAAAAUAGCAGGUUUGUAAAAAUGUGUGUAUAUAUUUGUACAGGACAUUAUGUUUAACUAAUUACAGGUAACUUUUCCAUUACAAACUAAUCACAAAAUGUGAUCAGAUUUUUCGACUUGAA